CAUGCUUUGUUUUGGCGGCUGCCCACGAGAGGAGGAGGAAGCCGAACUUUGAUCAGCUAGCUAAUAAAUUGCCAAAUUAAACGCUGGAAACGACAUCUUCAUGUGUUCAAGCCUGCAGUAAGCUACCUCGCACAUUGCGUUUAUCGAAAUGGAGAAAGCAGAGAAUCUGUCCGUGGUGCUGCACGCUAAAGGGGACCUACGAUUGGAGCAACGCCCCAUUCCUGAACCAGGUCCAAAUGAGGUGCUGCUGCAGAUGCACUCUGUGGGGAUAUGUGGGUCGGACGUGCACUACUGGCAAAACGGACGCAUUGGGGACUUUGUUGUGCAGAAGCCUAUGGUGCUGGGACAUGAGGCUGCUGGCAGGGUGGUCAAGGUGGGCUCCAAUGUUAAGCACCUCCAGCCAGGAGACAGAGUAGCGGUGGAGCCUGGUGUUCCCAGGGAGGAAGAUGAGUUUUUCAAGGCAGGACACUACAACCUUUCGCCCACCAUCUUCUUCUGUGCCACCCCGCCUGACGAUGGCAACUUGUGCCGCUACUAUAAACACAGCGCCAACUUCUGCUACAAACUGCCUGACAACGUGACGUUUGAAGAGGGAGCGUUGAUCGAGCCUCUGUCUGUGGGGAUUCACGCCUGCCGCCGUGCUGGGGUCACCCUGGGCAGUAGUGUGCUCAUUUGUGGGGCAGGACCCAUUGGGCUUGUGUGUCUCCUGGUCGCCAAGGCGAUGGGUGCUGCCCAGGUGAUCAUCACUGAUCUGUCUACCGACCGUUUGGCAAUGGCGAAAGAUCUGGGGGCAGACUUCCCCGUGACGGUGCAGCGGGCCGGCGGUGCUCAGGACCUGGCCGCCACGGUGCAAGGCAUGCUGGGAGCUCAGCCACACAUCAGUAUCGAGUGCACUGGUGUGGAGAGCAGCGUCCAGACAGCCAUCUAUGCGACCCGUCCCGGGGGAGUGGUGGUCCUGGUGGGAAUGGGUUCUGAGAUGACCACGGUACCUCUGCUCAACGCGGCCAUCAGGGAGGUGGACAUCAGGGGGGUGUUCCGCUACUGCAACACCUGGCCCAUGGCCAUAGCCAUGCUAGCGUCUGGGAAGGUGAACGUGAAGCCCCUGGUGACACACCGCUUCCCUCUGGAGCAGGCGGUGCACGCCUUUGAGACCACACGCCAGGGGCUGGGCGUCAAGGUCAUGCUCAAGUGUGACAAGAAUGACCAGGAGCCUUGAGGAACGUGGAGGAACAUCUCGCAUACUAAAUCUAGAGACGGAUAGAUACAGAAAAAACCCAAAGGAAGUUUACUUUGUCAUGUUUUUAUCUCUGUAUUUUCAAGCUGCUGCAAGAUGAUGUACUGCCAAGCAAUCAUAGUAGAAUAGUAUUGAUUGAAUGGCUAUGAUAAAACAGUGCUAAAAUAAACGUUAUCAUAAAGACA